AUGGACCCUCUAGGCGUCGUGUCCUGCCUGUGGGCUCUUUGUACGAACGUGCUGCAGUACACCGAAUCAUCAUGGACGACCGUACGAGAUCAACGCCAGCAGGUUAAGGCUCAACACCGGACUCUGGAAGCGGAAUUGGAUUCCCUCCUGAAUGUUCUGGAAACUCUAAAUUCUAUGAGAGGAGAGAUUGAUAGCCUCAAGGAACACUGCGCAAGACUGCACAGGAACCAGUUUAUUUUCCCCGCGGAGAGACGAGGAGAAAGCGACGCGCCGCAUGCAACUGGGCCGAUGUCUCUUUCUAGCGAAAAGUUUUUUCAGGAGAUGCAGACUUUGUCCGGAAAAGAGAUGUCCCAGAUAUUAAUGGCAGCCUACCAGGGACACGAUCAACUCAACACGAUACACGGUGAAGACAUGGCCACUUUCACCCGAGGACGAAUCAAAUCUAUGCUUUUUCAGGGAGCAAGAUGGGAAUCGAGUCCUACUGAGUGUCUAGAUCCUGAAAAGGGGAUUGGACAGCACGAUCUAUAUCCCCAUCGGCACGAAGACGAUAACCCUUUCGAAGAUGAUAGCCAGAGGACUUCAGAGGGCGGGCUACAUGUGCUCUUUGAGUUGACACUGUGGUGCUCCUCGUGGGCAUCCUGUUGGAUGAUGGAACGACUUGCUCGGCCGGAAGCGAACCCUUCGGCAACUGUGUUCGUGGCUGUAAUAUGGACCUACACUGGUUCAAUUGGAACGAGCUACUUCAUUCACUCUGAAAGCCGAGGCAUCGACCUCUGGAUCCUUUGUGGCGGUCUUUGCGGACUGGUUUGUGGUUGGAUGAUGGAUUGGACUCUCGUGGAAAUUAUCUUCCGUCUUCUUCCCGGGGCCAUUCUCUUCGCCUUCUGGCUCGGUGUGCACUGGGCCAAGGGACGCCGACUUUCUGGGCACCUUGUUGAGUAA